AUGGUUCCUCGAAAGAGAGUGUUGGACUUAAUUCAGUCUAUUUCUGCUGCGGCCUGUAAAUGCCCUGCUCAUUCUCAUGCUGGACCCGUGGUUAUUACUGGUAGGAAUUCAGGUUCCUGCGAAACAGCUUUGCCUCCAACUGAUUAUGCUUUUGAAAUGGCCUGUUCUACGAUUAGGUAUGGACCUGGAGUGACCAAAGAAAUUGGGCAAGAUAUGGUUAACAUGCAUGUCAAGAAUGUUUGUGUUAUGACCGAUCCUGUAAUUGCUAAACUUUCCCCUGUAAAAGCUGUUCUCGAUUCUCUUACGAAGAAUAAAAUCAACUUCAAAAUUUACGACAAAGUAAGAGUCGAACCUACUGAUAAGAGUUUUGAGGAUGCCACUAACUUUGUAAGAGGAAACGACUUUGAUUGUUACAUAGCAGUUGGAGGCGGUUCUGUCAUUGACACGUGUAAAGCUGCCAACUUGUAUUCUUGUGACCCUGAAGCAGAAUUUCUUGAUUAUGUUAACGCCCCCAUUGGAAAAGGAAAACCUAUCACGGUGCCUUUGAAGCCAUUAAUUGCAGUUCCUACCACGUCUGGAACUGGUAGUGAAACAACUGGUGUCAGUAUAUUUGAUUACGAGCCUUUGAAAGCGAAGACUGGUAUUGCUAAUAGAGCUCUCCGCCCUACCCUUGGCAUUGUCGAUCCAUUACAUACACUUACAUUACCUGAGCGUGUUGUCGCAUACAGUGGUUUUGAUGUAUUUUGCCACGCUUUGGAAUCUUUCACUGCUAUUCCGUACAACGAGAGGGCACCCUGCCCACCUGACCCACUCCUUCGACCAGCGUACCAAGGUUCGAAUCCGGUUUCUGAUGUUUGGGCUCGAUGCGCUCUUCAAAUAAUCAGAAACUAUUUCAAAAGGGCAGUUUACGACAGUCAAGAUAUUGAAGCAAGAUCCAACAUGCAUCUCGCUUCAACCAUGGCAGGUGUCGGAUUCGGAAAUGCCGGAGUUCAUCUUUGUCACGGGCUGUCUUACCCGAUCUCAGGCAACGUCAAAACCUUCAGGCCGAAGGGAUAUAGCGAUGAACAUGCAAUCAUUCCCCAUGGACUGUCGGUGGUGAUGUCAGCUCCAGCAGUGUUCAGAUUCACUGCGGCGUCUUGCCCAGAUCGACAUCUUGAAGCUGCUGAUCUUUUGGGUGCAGAUGUGUCCAAUGCUAAACGGGCUGAUGCAGGAAAGAUAUUGUCAGAUGUUGUUAAGGGCUAUAUGGAUACGAUGAAGAUAGAAAAUGGACUAUCUGCUUUGGGAUAUACUUCGAGUGAUAUUCCCGAUCUGGUUAAAGGAACUCUACCUCAGCACCGAAUAACUAAACUGGCGCCCAGAGAGCAGUCCGAAGAAGACUUGGCCUCAUUGUUUGAAAAUUCAAUGAAAGUAUUUUAA